CUCCUCAAACACAAACUGGAUUUCUUCAUGUGUGGAUCACAAGUUCAGAUAUGAAGAUGUUUCGUGUUCAACUGUUUGUUUUGAUUUGGUUGUAUGCUGCAGUACAGACGUCCAGUCAAACAGACGGCAGCUCUUUUCUCAUCUACAAUGAGGAUCACAACAGAUGUGUGAAUGUCAUUAAUGCCAGUGUUAUACAGACGGCACCGUGUGAUGUAUCUUCUGACGCUCAGCGUUUCCGAUGGGUUUCUUCUUCAAGAAUUAUCAGCGUCUCUCUUAAACUCUGUUUGGGAGCUCAAAACGUUAAAGACUCUGAGAAAGUGAUUCUUCUGCCCUGUAAAGAGCUCAGUCCUCUACAGACCUGGGAAUGUAAGAAUGAGACCUUGUUUGGCUUAAAGGGACAACCGUUACAUCUGAACUACGGUAAUCAAGAUAAGACAAGUGUGAUGCUGUUUAAGGGAAAUGGAUCGUGGAGUCGCUGGCAGAUUUAUGGGACUACAGACAAUCUUUGUUCUCAUGGAUAUCAAGAGAUUUAUACUCUGGAUGGGAAUUCAUUUGGAAAGCCAUGUCAGUUUCCCUUUAAGUUUAAUGACAAGUGGUAUGCUGAGUGCAUCACGGAGGGAAGAUCAGAUGACAAACUGUGGUGUUCAACUGAGACAGAUUUUGAUACAGAGAAGAAGUGGGGCUUCUGUCCAACCAAACGCGUCUCAGGAUGGGACAGUGAUCCAGUAACUGGUGUAUUAUAUCAGAGAAACACACAAUCAGCACUGACCUGGCAUCAAGCUCGAGCCAGCUGUCAACAACAAGAUGCAGAUCUUCUCAGUAUAUCAGAACUACAUGAACAGUCUUAUAUAUCAGGCUUGACAGAUCUCUUGGGUUCAACUUUAUGGAUCGGACUCAACAGUCUUGACUUUGAGAGUGGAUGGCAGUGGAGUAAUGGAAACCCAUUCAGAUAUCUCAACUGGGCUCCAGGUCAUCCCUCUCUGGAGCCGGGCCUUAACUGUGCUGCAUUAAACGCUGGUAAAGCAUCCAAGUGGGAAAGUUUGGAAUGCAUUAAGAAGUUAGGUUACAUUUGCCGCAAGGGAAAUUCAACAGAUAUCACGCCUUCAACAGGUAAAGAUCAGCCUAACUUCUGUCCAGUGGCGUGGGUGCCGUACGCCGGUCACUGUUAUUAUCUGCAGCGCACCAAGAAGACGUGGAGUGAUGCUUUGGCCGAGUGUCACAGAGAAGGAUCAGAUCUGGCCAGCAUUCACAACAUAGAAGAACACAGUUUCAUCAUAUCACAGACUGGAUACAUGUCGACUGAUGAGCUCUGGAUUGGUCUUAAUGAUCAAAGGAUUCAGAAUCUGUUUGAGUGGUCAGAUAGAUCACACGUCACCUUCACUAAAUGGUUUGUUGGAGAACCUUCACACAUCACAAAUCGAAUGGAGGAUUGUGUUCUCAUCACAGGAGAGGAGGGAAAGUGGUCAGAUCAUCUGUGUGAGUCAGCUCAUGGUUACAUCUGUAAGAAGAAAGCUUCCACUAAACCUGAAGGAUCUCCAGAGGUCAUCAGUCCUGGAUGUCUAGCUGGUUGGUUUAGGUUUGGCUAUUACUGUUAUAGCGUUGCCAUGGAAACAAAAACUUUUGAUGAUGCCAAACUGACGUGUGAGCAGACCGCAGCUAACCUGGUUGAUGUUGCCAGCAGAAAUGAGAGCGCGUUUCUCAUCAGUCUGGUUGGUCUUCGACCUGAGAAAUAUUUCUGGAUUGGUUUGUCUAAUACUCAUCAGACUGAGCAAUUCCAGUGGAUCAAUGGUGAUAAAGUCAAGUUUACACACUUUAAUGUUGGCAUGCCAGAUAAGCACCGAUGUUGUGUAGCAAUGUUAACAGGAACUUCAGCAGGAUUAUGGGAUGUAUUGGCCUGUAACACUAAACAGAAAUACAUCUGUAAGAAAAUGGCAGAAGGAGUCACUACAACCCGAGAGCCUCCGACCACACGACCUCCCAGUUGCCCAGAUAAUUGGAUUAAAAAAGAUCCAGGAAAUUGUGUUCAGAUCUACAGAAAGCAGAAGGAUGAGAGGAAGAAUUGGUUUGAAGCACGUGACUUCUGUCGAGCUGUUGGUGGUGAUUUAGCGAGCUUUCAUUCAGAAAAAGAAAUGAAUGUUUUAUCGGGUUCCAGUUCAUACCCGGCGUGGAUCGGCCUAACUUCAUUGGACAGUAAUUCUGGUUUUGUGUGGUCAGAUCAAACUCCUUCCGAUUAUGAGAACUGGGCAUCUGGUGAACCAAACAACUACAAGAAUAAUGAGCACUGUGCUGAAUAUGGCAGUAAUUCUGGACGCAAGUGGAAUGAUCGUGAUUGUGAAGCUUUUUUAGACUGGAUCUGUCAGAUUCCAAUAGGCAUAACUCCAAAAUCCCCACCGACAUCAGUCAUUCAAGAAUAUAACGAAACAUCUGAUGGCUGGAUUCAGUACAAUGGCAGUCAGUAUUUCAUUAAUCUUGAUCUGCACCCUAUGGAAGAAGCUCGUGACUUCUGUAAGAAGAAUCACGCUGAUCUUGUUGUCAUUACUCGUCAGACUGAGAGAAGGUUUUUAUGGAAGCAGAUAUCCAAAAGUAAAGGAUCACAAACUCAGUACUACAUCGGGAUGACUGUAGAGUUGGACAAAUCAUUUAGUUGGGUGGACGGUUCACCUGUUGUAUUCACUGCAUGGGAACAAAAUGAACCAAAUUUCUCCAACAAUGAUGAGAACUGUGUGACCAUUUACAAAGGCUCAGGAUUCUGGAAUGAUAUUAAUUGUGGUGUAGCGUUACCCUCGAUCUGUAAAAGAAGUGCUAAUUUUGUCAACACCACCAUGUCUCCAACCACUGUACCAGCAGGCGGCUGCGCUCCUGAAUGGACUCUGUUCAGAGGAAAAUGUUACAAGUUUUUCGAUAAUAAGAUGUUGUGGCAUGAAGCACGAGAUCACUGCAUUUCUCAUGGAGGCAAUCUGGUGUCCAUUCGGAGUCACACAGAGCAAUGUUUUCUCACAACUUUACUGCUAAGUUCUGUUGAUGACGUGUGGAUCGGUUUAAAUGACAUUGUCUCAGAAAGAAAGUUUGUCUGGACUGACAAUCGAGCUGUCAAAUACACAAACUGGCUCAAAGGUCAACCUUUGUCAAGUUUACAGUCAAGACGCUACAUUAUGAUGGAGGAAUUACUGAGAAGGAGAUCUUUGUACCCUUAUUCCAGAUUUCCCCAUUACCCCAGGGUUGAAUAUAAGGACUAUGACUGUGUUGUGAUGGUUAAACACCCAAAGAAGUCCACUGGUAUGUGGAAAGUUGAAGACUGUGAAGAUGAGAGAGGUUUCAUUUGCAAGAGGAACACAGACUCUCAGCUGUCUGCUCCCGUGACCACAGCAGAACCACAGAAAUACUUCAGUCUGGGCAAUGAUUCAUAUAAGGUCCAGCUGGAGAAGAUGAGCUGGGAUGAAGCGAGAAGACAGUGUAAAGCUGAUGAUGCUGAUCUUGCGAGUGUACUGGACUCCAUCAGUCAGGCGUACACCAGCCUACAAGUCGACAAUCUCAAAGAACCUUUGUGGAUCGGACUCAACAGUAACCUGGCAGGUGGACGCUAUCGCUGGGUGGAUAACUGGAUCCUAAGCUACAGUAAAUGGGCUACAGGAGAACCUAAAAACAAUUUAGCUUGUGUUUAUAUUGACACGAAUGGAGACUGGAAAACUGCAGCGUGCAACAGAACAUAUUAUUCCCUCUGUAAAAGAUCAGCGGUUUUUGCCCCUACAGAUCCUCCUCAGCUGCCGGGUAACUGCCCCGAAUCAGAUCAGACGAAAAGUUGGAUACCAUUUAGAGGACACUGCUAUACGUUCAUGACCUCCACGAGAGACAACUGGGCUCAAGUCACAGUAGAAUGUAUAAAAAUGGGUGCAUCUUUAGUGAGUAUUGAGGAUCCAAUAGAAUCACACUUUAUCCAAAAGAACCUGAAGAUCCUGCAAGAUGAAGCAAAGUCAGUCUGGAUUGGACUUCACCGCAGUCAUAAGGGUGAUUGGAUGUGGAUUGAUAAUACGGUUGUGGAUUACAUGAACUGGGAACCGCGGAUGCCGGAUGAUGUUAAGAAAUGUGUUGAAUUUCAGUCAGACACUGGAAUGUGGAGCACAAGCAGCUGUAGUUAUCGCAGAGCUUAUAUCUGCAAGACUGCUAAAGUUAUACCACCAACAGAGAAGCCAUCAGUCUCAGCUACACCAACAACAGCAAACUUAUCAGUCUCAGAUCUUCAGGUAUAUGAGAGGUCUCAUGUAUCGGCUGGCAUCGCUGUAGGGGUCGUGUUGGUCAUAAUCGCUGUCGCAGGUCUUGCCGGGUUUGUGUUCUUUAAGAGGAAUCCCAGGACUCUUACUGAAUGGUUUGACAGCAGAUUCUAUAAUAACCUUUCAGAGCCUCUUACAGUUUUUGAUAGUAAAGAACCUGAAGCCAACUGAACAGAAUCAAGAUGAAUAACACAUAAACACAAACACAGCCUUUAGUUUGAAGGUAAUGCGUAACUUCCACAAUAAUUAUGUUCAGGGGUCUCAUGCACAAAAAUGUUUUACUGGGGGAACAGCUUAAAAUAUUUAAACUGUUAAGUCUGUCAUUGGUUGUGACUUGUAAGAAUCAAUACCAUUGAGUGUCAAUUAGCUGAUAAACGAAUGAGUGAUGUUUGGAAUUUUGCCUGAUUGACAAAGUCACAUAAAGCACUCAUACAACAUCAGAAGAUUUGUAGGUGAUUUUCAUUUUCUAACUUUCACUGAAGAACAACCAGAUGAGGCUGUAUAGGACUGCAUCAUUAUUAAUUGCAACUAAUCGAUUGCAGAAUAAAAGUUUUUGUAAACAUCAUAUAUGUUUGUUUACUGUGUGUAAUAAUUGUGUAUAUUGAAUUAAAUUUUAUUUAUAUAGCAUUUUUACAAAUGAGACUAGCUUGCAUUAACGAGAUCGGACAAAAAGUGUGUGUGAGUGCUAUUGCAACUUAAGGCAAACGGAGUUGGCUAACGUUAGCUGGAUGCUUUGUAAGUCAUGACUUUUAUUGUUUUCCCUGUUUGCUGUUUGAAAGUCUGCAUCAUAGACUGCACAAGAUUUUGUGGCGCAUUUGAGCUGCAUUUGUGCGGACAUGAUGCUCAGAUAAUAUGGUAUUUUGUAUGAAAUGUAAUGGAAGAGAGUCUGCAUUAAUCUGCCUUCAUGCGUAUAUUACACAAGAUACAGUGUCAUGAGUUUAAUUCAAUUAAGACGUUUGUUGCUAUUGUAAUUGCAAUAGUAUUUUGUGAUUUGAUCAUUUCUGCCUGUUCAGCAUAAAGUACAUGUGUUUUAUCGCUGUCACUGUGAGAAAAAAAAAAACCAUUUAUUAAUCUGCUUCAUGUGAUGUUAAACAUGUUAAGUUCAGCUAAGUUAAGUUUAAAAAAUGAACAUGUGAACAUCAUUAAAAUAUGAAAUGACAGAUAAUAAUUGACU